UAUAGACCUGGUGAACUGAGCAUAUCAACUCAAAGCAAGCAUUCAAAAGAGAAAGAUGGCCAAUCUUUCAACUCUAACUGGGAUGUUUCUGGUGCUAGAGCUGGCAAUGUCGGUCAGCGCGCGCACUUGGGCUGCCAAGGACGAGAAUUCCGGUGGUGGCAGGCCACUAACUGAGGAGGAGAUAGGGGCAUGGAUAAAUGUUCUGAGGGGAGCCGAGAUUGCUCUUGAAGCUGAUAAAAUUCAAACAGCUAGUGCCAUGGUUGCAGGAGUUGCUGCCAGGUUAGAUGCUACCGAUUUGCCUGACGAUGUGAAAGAAGCCAAGCUUCAAGAAAUGAUGAAAGCAAUUGAGCAGGCAGUCGAAGAAGAUAAUAAAUCCAAAGCUGUAGCUCUCAUUAACGCAAUUGGAGCGGAGUUCGAACACCAACACGGAAAUGCGCGAGGAAGAGGAACUCUGCAGAGGCAGUUACACCAAACUGAAAAUUUGCACAGCGUACAGCCGGUGCUAGCAGGCCGUUUGAAAGAUGCCUUCACAGCUAUUGAAAGACAGGAAAUAGCCAAAGCUCAACGGAUUCUCCACGGUUUUUACCAUCUUCUUAAGGAUAAUAAGGAAUUAUGUAAGGAUAAAAAAACACUAAUAUUUCUUCAUGCCAUCCACCAAACUGAGCAGUAUAUUAAACAAGAUAUGAGAUCAAAAGCUGAACAGACUCUCCAAGGAGCUGCCUUCGCUCUUGGAGUUGGAGUUCAAAAUCAGCUACAAGAAGGUCAUUAAUUUGUCGAGGGGAAUAAUUAAGCAAGUUAAGGACAGGAGAAAUUUAUAAUUUAAUUGAGGUCAUUAAUUUAUCAAACAUUUGUUUAUCAA